CACACCUACGCGCUCAAGCUGGCGUACGACGGCGAGGCGUACCUCGGCUUUCAGUACCAGCCCAAGGGCAAGACGGUGCAGGGGGAGGUGGAGCGCGCCCUGACGAAGCUGACUGGGCACGACAGGGAGUUCCUCGGCAUGCAGGCGAGCGGGCGGACGGACACGGGGGUGCACGCUCGCGGGCAGAUCCUCCACUUCUACACGAAGGAGCCCGUGUCAGACCUCGAGAGGUUUCACAAGAGCCUCAACGGGAUCAUGCCCAAGGACGUCCGAUGCGUGGAGGUCAUGAGGCCGCACCCGGCGUUCCACGCCAGGUUCCACGCGGUGCGAAAGACCUACCACUACUUCCUCGACCCUCGGCUCGUGCUCGAUCCCUUCGUCAGGCGUCACGCGCUGCACUGCGGAUGGAAACCCCCUAGCGUCGAGAGGCUGCGAGAGGCGGCGGCUGUGUUUGUCGGCACCCACGACUUUACCUCGUUCUCGAACAAGUCCAGGGACAAGACGUUGGUGCGCAGCCCGACGCGAACAAUAUACAGGUUCGACGUGGUCGAACAGCCGGAUGGGUUGAUACGCCUGGAGGUGGAGGGUAACGGCUUCUUGUACCGCAUGGUUCGUAACAUGGUCGGCGCGCUUAUGCUCGCCGCCACUGGCGAGGAUGGGAAGUUCACCGCCGAGGACCUGAGGGAUAUGCUGGAAGGAAAAGACAGGGGCGUCGCUCCGAUGGGGGCUCCACCGCACGGGCUGUUCCUUCACGAGGUAG